AUGAAAAUUAUCAUUCGCCAUCAUUCUUAAUGGGGUAAUAUGAGCACUAAAUCUUGUAUUGUAAAUCCUAACAUCCCAGUUGCUCAACUCAGAAAAUAAAUUGCUUAACUUACAGAUAUCAAUGAAAAAGACUUAACACUCUAUCUGAAUGACUAUGUUCUUGAAGAUUAAAAUUUACUCUCUAAAUACAAUCCAGAAGAUUGUUAAUUCAUUUAUGUUAAUAGAGACAAUAUUCAUAUCGAUGAAGAUGUACUUGAAACAGAAAUACUUGAAAUUUAAAAUAGAGGAAUCUACAAUCGUAUGAAGGGAUAUGAAAAACUAGGCAUCAUCCAUGAAAAUUCUGAAGAAGCUACCAAUAAAAAGAGCGAUUAAUAACUUACAGUUGAAUUGAUAAAGGUAACUUGAAUGUGUCCAUUAAUCAGCUAGUAAAAAAUAAUGAUAUUCCUGCAAUCAAAGCCUUGAUUCCAAACCAUUCUGCAAUAGCCAUUAUCAAUGAUAGACAAUAUUCUGGGUUGUCUGCUUUCCAUUAUGCUAAUCAAUUUGGUUACUCAGAACUAGUUACAUACUUUAUUGCAAUUGGUGCAGAUAUCAAUCUAUCAACUAAGGACAAUCAAUCACCCUUAUAAUUAGCUCUUAAAAAUAAUCAUAUUUCAUGUGCUAAAGUUUUGUUAUCUCAAUCUAAUUGUGAUGUUAAUUUCGUAUCUCAAGGCAAGAGUCCACUUUAAUUAGCAACUUUAGCUGGGAAUUUAGAAAUUGUUGAACUCAUUCUUAAACACCCCACAUUUGAUUAUUAAUCUAUUGAUUUUAAUGAACUAAAGGGGGAAUCAUAAGCUAUAUAGUUACUUCUUAAUUUAUAGAAACUCAAUCCUACCAAUCAACCCACUAAACCUUAAGCUCAAAAAGGAUACAUUAAAAAACUUAAUGUUCUAAGGUUUUUUCAUUAUAAAAGAUACCUUACUCUAGAUCCAGAAGCAGGAACAUUAACCAGAUUUAAAACACAAGCUGAUUAUCCUAUGAAUCCUAUAGAAAUCGUUGCUCUCUCUAAUGUCAUUAAUGUCUGGUAACCUUAAAGAGAAUGGUAUAUGAAAAGUGAUCAUGAAUAUUUAAGUGUAUUAAUCAUCUUCUAUUUAAGGUUUCAUUUAAAAAAGGAGGUGUCGAAAUUUUAACCUUUUGUUCCAAAAGUAAAAAUACUAUAUUAAGUUGGAGAAAAAGUUUAGAAGACUCAAUCAAAUAUUAUAUAUAAAUAGAAAAAAAAAUAGCUUAAUUAUCUGAAUUAGGAGAUAUUUAAGGAUUGAAUUAAUACAUCAAUGAAAAAGGUGUAUAAUUUAACAUAAUUGAAGAUUCUUAAUUUUAAAAUGAUUAAAAUGUAAGAUAAUAAUAAUAAUAAUAAUAACUAAAUUAAUAAUAAUAAUAAUAACUAUUUUAAUAAUAAUAAUAAUAACAAGAUUAAUUAUAAUAAUAAUAAUAAUAAUAAUAAUAAUAAUAAUAAUAAUAAUAAUAAUAAUAAUAAUAAUAAUAAUAAUAAUAAUAAUAAUAAUAAUAAUAAUAAUAAUAAUAAUAAUAAUAAUAAUAAUAAUAAUAAUAAUAAUAAUAAUAAUAAUAAUAAUAAUAAUAAUAAUAAUAAUAAUAAUAAUAAUAAUAAUAAUAAUAAUAAUAAUAAUAAUAAUAAUAAUAAUAAUAAUAAUAAUAAUAAUAAUAAUAAUAAUAAUAAUAAUAAUAAUAAUAAUAAUAAUAAUAAUAAUAAUAAUAAUAAUAAUAAUAAUAAUAAUAAUAAUAAUAAUAAUAAUAAUAAUAAUAAUAAUAAUAAUAAUAAUAAUAAUAAUAAUAAUAAUAAUAAUAAUAAUAAUAAUAAUAAUAAUAAUAAUAAUAAUAAUAAUAAUAAUAAUAAUAAUAAUAAUAAUAAUAAUAAUAAUAAUAAUAAUAAUAAUAAUAAUAAUAAUAAUAAUAAUAAUAAUAAUAAUAAUAAUAAUAAUAAUAAUAAUAAUAAUAAUAAUAAUAAUAAUAAUAAUAAUAAUAAUAAUAAUAAUAAUAAUAAUAAUAAUAAUAAUAAUAACUAGAUUAAUUAUAAUAACAACAACAAUAAUAAUAACAAAAUUAAUAAUAAUAUCCCCAUUAAUAAGAUUUUCUUGACUUAUCACCUGUAGAAAGACCAUAAUCUCUAAAAUAAUGUAUCUAAUACCUUAAUUAAUACACUGUAAUAAAAUAAAUUGGUUAAGGAGCAUUUGGAAAAGUUUUUCUAGUUAAACAUAAUCCAACAGAAACUAUAUAUGCAAUGAAAUAAUUAAAUAAAAAAAGAUUAUUGCAAAAAAAAUAAAUAAAAUUUGCCCUAACUGAAUGUGAAAUUUUGAAAUAAGUUGAUUCACCUCAUAUUGUUAAUCUUUUUCAAUCCUUUUAAACUCUUAACAAUCUUUAUUUAGUAAUGGAUUAUUGUGGUGGUGGAGAUCUAUCUUAUCAUCUAUGUAAAUAUCAAACAUUUGAUGAAAAUAUAUGUAAGAUAAUAAUUCGUUAAAUAAUGAAAGCAAUAGAAUACUUACAUAGCAAAGAUAUAAUUUAUAGAGAUCUAAAACCAGAAAAUGUGAUUUUAGAUAAUGAAGGCAGGAUCAAACUUGUAGAUUUUGGCCUUUCAAAAUAAACAGAUAAUGGUAAAACGCGUACUUUUUGUGGAUCUCCUGCAUAUUUAGCUCCUGAAGUUUUGGCUAAAAAAGGAGCUGUACAAGCAACCGAUAUUUAUGGAAUAGGAACAGUUUUAUAUGAACUUCUUUUAGGGGAUCCACCUUAUUUUAAUGAAGAUAUUGAUACUUUAUACAAUAGCAUUCGAAAUGAUAAUUUAUUUAUUCCAAAUAAAUUAAGUAAACCAUGUCAAUCUAUUCUUUUUGGAUUGUUAUAAAAAGAAGCCCAUAAAAGGAUUGGAUGUAAAUAACCAACUUAAGUUAAUUGGAAUUUGAUAAAAUUGCAUGAAUGGUUGGAAUGGGAUAAUCUAGAAGAUAAAGUAACUUUUGGACUUAGCUAAGAAAAUUUAGAUAGUAUAAUUCGGAAAUAUACUCAUGUAUAAAAUUGAAUUAAUAUGAUUAGAAUCUAGGAGAUAUAGAUUAUACAGAGGAAGAUUUAAAUUUAAAUAGAAUAAAUGGAUGGACAUUCAUAAGAAAGAAUUGA